AAUGUUCGCCGCGAACCAUGCAACAACAAGUAAUUGUCGAAUUUUUUUCUGAAUUCAGAAAAUUCCGUUGAUAUCCCAAAAAAAUAUCUAUAUUUGCCGCCACAAAAAAAUAUCGUCAAUCGCCUCUAACCGAGGUGCACGCGUCGAAGAAAACUAAUUGAAAACUGCAUUAAGCCCUGACGAAAAAAGUCGGGAUUUUCGACAAACAAAUUUUGUCGUUCGGAGCGAGCCAGACUAGCGGAAAAAUCACGACCAACAGUCAACGGUGGUUGCCAACGUUACGCACGCGUACAAUACCUUUGCAGGACCGAAAAACACACCUAUGCGAAGCGAAGAGUGAAGAAAUGCCUCCACCCCGAGUGAAAGUGCAAGAAAAGAGCCGUAGUUAACGUUUUUAAACCAAUUUCGUAUUGUUUGUGCAACACCAACAACAACGAAAACAACAACAACAACAAUUGCGACGACCUGUUCUACCUGUAGCAGCCGUAUCGAAAAUCCAACAAUCCCCUCCACCCAAAAUCCAUCUGUUGCUCGCUGCUGCUCUUCGGUUCUCGCGUGUGUGUGUUUAUGUGUGUAUAUGUGUGUGCCAACGUUUGUGCAAAAAUUGGUUUUGUUUUGUUGUGAAGCAAAUUAAUGUCAUAUUAACGGGUCUGCUGCUGCCACAGCCACAGUCACUGCUGCUCCAAUUGGAUACCUACAUAUUUAAACAGUUCUUCCGCACUUAAGAUGGUGCCCAUGCCGCGCAUUCAGUUGCCCAGCAGCAAUGCGGCCAUCAAAGCAAACACAAACAGUUUUCUCUAUGCGGAAACCAUGUCCGGCGACAGCAGCCCCACACCCAGCAGUCCGCCCUCCAGCACAGCGGGCGUUGCCAAAUCUCAGUGCUCGUCUUUAUCCGAUGGCGAGUCCUUCGAGGGCUAUGGCGAGAACGAGUAUCCCGCCCAGCUGAGGGAAGGGCGGAACGCCUCCAAUCCCAACAACAACAGCAUCAGCAACAACAAUAAUAACAACAUCAUCGGCAACAACGGCAACAACAACCUCAGCGUGGGAAGCUCCAAUUCGCAGCACAAUCACAGUGGACACUCGAAUGAUGGGAACAACAAUCUAAACGCUAGCGUUGGCAUCGAACUCGAGCUGGCCCCACAUGUGGGCUCGUCCACGCCCCAAGACGAUGACGAACUGAACAUAAUGCCCCGAGACAAUUGGGCCAGACGCAGUCUGAGACGAACACCGACAAGCAAUCCCGAAAGUUUAUCCCAGCGUCGUUGGGGCUCCAUGAGACAUUCUGGCCGUAGACAGAUUAGCACCAAUGCCUUAGCCAGCCAACUGUAUAGAUCAUCGAGCUUUAACUCCUCGGGCCGUAGCUCCAACUGUGAUACAACCGAAGACAUGUACAGCGACAUAAGCUUGGAGAAUCGUCAUGACUACGAUUACAGGCUGGAGCUGCUGCAGCGCAAGGUUGAUGAUCUGUCGGAUACACAAAAUAUAGCCGAGGAUCGCACGACGCGCACCAAGACCGAGUAUGCAGUGCUCCAGGCUCGAUAUCACAUGCUGGAAGAGCAGUUCAGGGAGUCGGAGCUGCGCGCCGAGGAACGCCUGGCCGAGGAGCAGAAGCGUCACCGCGAGAUCCUGGCUAGGGUGGAGCGCGAAGCCUCACUGCAGAACGAGAACUGCCAGAUGAAGAUCAGAGCCACCGAGAUCGAGGCCAACGCCCUGCGCGACGAGGCGCAGCGCCUGCGUGUGCAGUGCGAUAAGCAGGCCAACGAUUUGCAUCGCACGGAGGAGCAGCUGGAGCUGGCACGCGAUCAGAUCGCCGCCCUGCAGCAGGAGUACGAAGAGCAGGAGCAGACUCUGCGAAAGCAGGAGAUGGAGAAGAAGUCCACGGAGGAGCUGAUGCUGGAGCUGAGCCGAGAGCUGCAGCGGGCGCGGGAGGAGAACGGGGCGAGGGCCAUGCCCACCACAUCGCCGGAGAGCAUAAGACUGGAGGAGCUGCACCAAGAGCUCGAGGAGAUGCGCCAAAAGAAUCGAUCACUCGAAGAGCAGAACGAGGAGCUGCAGGCCACCAUGCUCACCAACCAGGCCACCAUGCUGAACAACGGCGUGGAGCAGGGCCGCCAUCUGCUCAACGGCACCCUGGGCAGUCUGGCCCAGGAGCUGGAGGAGAUGUCACAAGCGCAGGAUUCUGUGGAUUCAGCCACAUUAGCAUCCUUAAGUCAGCUGCAGCAGGCCUUCCAGGAAAAGGAAGACGAGAAUGUCCGGCUCAAGCACUACAUUGAUACCAUCCUACUCAACAUUGUGGAGAACUAUCCCCAGCUGCUGGAAGUCAAGCCCAUGGAGCGCAAGUGAAGCAGAACCACAACAGAAACAAAACAAAAAACAUAACCAGAACCAGAAGACACUGGCGGCAGUGUGCAACCACCUAACACCAACUAAAAUGAACAACUAAACUAAACAAAGCAAAACAAAACAAAGCAAAACAAAACUGUACUUUACGUUUACUAUUCUAAGCUCUAAUCUAUUUAGAUAUUUAUACCUAACAUAAGACACUAAUUUAUUUUAUAACAAUUUAUCGUAGAUUUUUAAACCAAACCAACACAGAGUAGGAAUAUGAAGAGCAACAGAAAUAGAGCAAUAGGAUGAGCAAAAAUUGUAUGUGUGAAAGCGAAAAUCCUUAAAUUGUUUAUAUGAAUGGAAAGGGGAAGUUUAGUGUGUUGUUUGAAACGAGUCAGAAGUUCUGUGCAAGUUUCUUUGUUCGUUUCCAGUUUGAUUUUGUAUAUUAUGUGUUGUUCAGGCCUUAAGAUAUUAACUAUAAAUACUGCUAGCUCCUAGGAACUGAAAUUUGUUUGUCCCUUCAAACGGAACCGCACCCAAUAAGCUGUUGAUCCAAUGACAAGUUACGAUAAUUGCUUAAAAUGUUUGUUUGAGGGCUGUGCAUAGCGCGAGAUGAGAAACUUUAUUGAGAUGUUAACGUUUGAAACGAGAUAUUUUCCAAUUUUCGUUUAAACGGGGAUAGCUCUGAAAGUCUUCAUGGGAACUGCUGAAUAAAUGUCCCUUUUUUCAUUAUUAUCAAUGCUAUUAAUUCUUUCUUAAUCUUAUCCUGCUUCUAUUCCCAUAAUGACCUUCUCGCUGGCUAUCCCUAAAGUAGUUGCAGAAAUCUAUCAAAAAAUUUGCGUUUAUGGUAUGGACAAUCCCAGGAUAUGAGGCGGAGUUUUAGUUUGAGAAGAAGCAAUUAUCACUAGAAGAAAGAUAUCAUAGCCCCGAACCAUAUGUCAAUGUACAGCACAGUUACAACUUAGAGAUCCCCAUACCAGGGGAUCCCCAUUCAUACUACUCGUACAUAAAUACAAUACGUACUACGUACUACUUACUCUGCAUAUUGUUUAUAACCCCAAUUAAAUGGACGUAAUGUGCAAACAUUUAGGGAUCGAUCGUGAGCCCAGAAGCUUCAAAUACAUACGAUCCCUAAUAGACUAGAGUAACUCAAGCGGUCAACCCCAUAGGAACUAAUGUAUCCAUACAACUGAAGCAAUUCUGAUAUAUGUAAUACGUAAAUCAAAAUUAGAUUGCCUUAAAUGAAUUUGUUUCAAAAAACAGUCCAUUGAUUAAUGACACUAUACUGAAUACCAUGGAUUUUUAAAGUGUAAUUUACCAGAUGCAAGUCGAGGAACCUUAUCGAAAUAAAGAGUAAUAUUUUAUAAAAAG